AGAGAGAGAAAGAGAGAGGAUGCGACGCAAAUAUACAGGGAUACUCUAUCGAGGGCUAGUAUAGUAUACAUCUUGACCCGAUAUAUAUUUUUUUAUAGUGAUAUAUUUUUCCUUCCUUGAUGCAGAAAAUAUAUUGUGUUUAUCAUACAUCCAUGUAGCUCUCUCGCCCCACACCCUCACACUAUUCUACUACGGUACACCCUCCCUCUUCCACUGCACAUAGAUGUAAUGUUGGUAUCAGCGUUUUUUCCAAUAACCGAUGUCUGUGUGCAUCCCGCCUCCCUGCGCUCUCAAAUAGAUGGUGCAAGUCAAAAUGUCCAAAUCGUCCGCAGACCCACUGCCUGGUGUCGAAACAGGCUCACAGUCUCACCAUUUUCAGCUGCCCAGGAAGUUGCCUAAGAGGAAAAGUCGGUUCAAACGUUCGGAUGGCAGCACAUCCUCAGACACCACCUCCAGCUUCAUCAAAAGACAGGGGUCGGCUGAUUCGUACACCAGUAGACCGUCGGAUUCCGACCUGUCAGCGGAGGAGGACCGCGAGGCGUAUCGGCGUGAAGCCGAGCGCCAGGCCCAGCUCCAACUCGACAGAGCUACGUCUAAACCUGUAGCAUUUGCGGUGAAGACCAACCUGGCUUUCUGUGGCGCUCUGGAUGAGGACUGUCCCGUUCAAGGAGCUGCAAUCAACUUCGAAGCCAAAGACUUCCUGCACAUUAAGGAGAAGUACAACAAUGAUUGGUGGAUUGGUCGUCUGGUGAAGGAGGGGGCAGACAUCACCUUCAUCCCCAGCCCUUUACGCCUGGAGGCUAUGAGACUCAAACACGAGCAAAGGAAAAGAGGGGGGAACUCUUCCUCCAGUCUGGGUGACAUGGUAUCUGGGAGCUGGAGGACAACACCGCCACCUGGUGACAAACCGAAGCAAAAGCAGGAACACAUUCCUCCAUAUGACGUGGUCCCGUCUAUGCGGCCGGUGGUCUUAGUGGGGCCGUCACUGAAGGGGUAUGAGGUGACAGACAUGAUGCAGAAAGCUCUGUUUGACUUCCUGAAACACAGGUUCGACGGAAGAAUCUCCAUCACACGCGUUACGGCAGACCUUUCUCUUGCCAAGAGAUCUGUGCUCAACAAGAGGCCCAUCAUGGAGAGAUCCAAUACUCGCUCCAGCCUGGCCGAGGUCCAGAGUGAGAUAGAGAGGAUAUUUGAGCUGGCCAAAACCCUCCAGCUGGUGGUUCUGGAUGCAGACACCAUCAACCACCCAGCCCAGCUAGCCAAGACUUCCCUGGCCCCUAUCAUCGUCUACGUCAAAGUGUCCUCGCCAAAGGUGCUCCAGAGGCUGAUCAAGUCCCGGGGGAAGUCUCAGAGCAAACACCUGAACGUGCAGAUGAUGGCCGGGGACAAACUGUCUCAAUGCCCCCCUGAGAUGUUUGAUGUCAUUUUGGAUGAGAACCAAUUGGAGGAUGCGUGUGAGCACCUGGCUGAAUACCUAGAGGUCUACUGGCGCGCCACUCAUCUUCCCGACACCACCCCCAUCAACCCGCUAUUAGAGCAGAACCUCAUGACCCCGCCCUCAGCCAACUCUAGCCUACAGACCCAGAAUAAGAACCAGGCCCCAGCGCAGCACAGCAGUGUGGGGGUGGAGGGUGAGGAGGUGGAGGCCCACUCCCCUCUGGAGCAGGACAGCCUGAUGCCGUCUGAAGAAGGCAGCGACUCCCUGUCCCGCGGCCUCCUUGGGGGCCCACGCCUCCAGGGGGACGAGGAGGACGAGGAGCUGGUGGAGGAAUUAGAAGAGGAACUAGAUGAGGAGGAUGAGUUUGAGUCCCCUUGCCACGCCCAAACUUACAGGGACAGGUACCCCCCUCACCGCGGUCACCGCGGGGGCAUCCACAGCACCAACGGGCAUGAAUCACAGGACAGGCUGCUCCAGCGCGAUGCCCAGCAGGGGCACAACCAGCGCAACAACUGCCAACGCAGCCGCCCCUGGCCCCGAGACAACUACUGACAUUUCUAACGUACCCUUGACCCGAGUUAACUACUGACAUCUCUAACGUACCCCUGGCCCUAAAACAACUACUGACAUCUCUAACGUACCCCUGGCCCUCAGACAACUACUGACAUCUCUAACGUACACCUGGCCCCAAGACAACUACUGACAUCUCUAACGUACCCCUGGCCCCAAAACAACUACUGACAUCUCUAACGUACCCCUGGCCCCAAGACAACUACUGACAUCUCUAACAUACCCCUGGCCCCAAAACAACUACUGACAUCUCUAACGUACCCCUGGCCCCCAGACAACUACUGACAUCUCUAACAUACCCCUGGCCCCAAAACAACUACUGACAUCUCUAACGUACCCCUGGCCCCAAGACAAAUACUGACAUCUCUAACGUACACCUGGCCCCAAAACAACUACUGACAUCUCUAACGUACCCCUGGCCCCCAGACAACUACUGACAUCUCUAACGUACCCCUGGCCCCCAGACAACUACUGACAUCUCUAACGUACCCCUGGCCCCCAGACAACUACUGACAUCUCUAACGUAUCCCUGGCCCCAAGACAACUACUGACAUUUCUAACGUAUCCCUGGCCCCAAGACAACUACUGACAUCUCUAACGUGCCCCGGGCCCCCAAGACAACUAGCUAUACCCAAACUACAACUUUGGCCACAAGACACCCACUUGUACACAAUAAGUGUGCUCCUUGUCCCCAACCACUCACCCCAACUAUAAAAACAAUGUAGUACCAAUUGUCCCCAUAACAAUUACUGACUGCUGUGCACAUUACCACCUUCUACAAUCACACACUUCCAGGCUUACGGUUUUACUCAUUCUGAUUAGCUUGGGUCAUGUUAAUCAGAUAAAAGGCUAUAGGUCAACAGGGCUACUCACCUCCACAAUAGCAAGCUAUAACUACUGGCUGUAGGUCAAGUUAAAUUUUAAGAUUCUUUGCAUAAGGUUUCUCUAUUGUAGAAUGACACAUUUACUGGCCUUAAAUCCCUAAGACGUUUAUGUAUCUUUAUUAUUGCAUGUAUGAUUAUUUUAGGACUAUUUGCACAUUAUGGUCAGAACAGGAACCAUAGGCUCUUUCUGGAUAAACAAAAGUAGGAAUGUCUACAUUUUACUAAUCUGCUAUGGAAAAUAGUAAUGCAUCCGAAUAUAUAUUGUACAUAUUGAAUGGGCGCCUGGUUAUAAUCAACUUGGUCUCAGAGCAUUUAGUAUUAUUCUGUAUGUAAAUCCUGGACACUCAAUUUAGUAUAUGUUACGUUUCAUAUGGUAUGUACUAAUUUGUGAAUGUCAAUCAGCCAUUUCAUAUGAUAUGUGUCAAUUACAAUUGAUAUGAUAUGUUACAAAUCUGCAAAAUGUACAAUAUGUUGAGAAUUUGCAAAAUGUACAAUAUGUUACGAAAUUUGCUCUACGUAUAAUAUGUUACGAAUUCCAAUUAGUUGUGGCUAACGUUAGCUAGGUGGCUAAUGUUAGCUACACUAGGGGUUAGGGUUAGGAGAUAGGUUAACGUGUUAGGGGAAGGGUUAGCUAAAAGAGUUAAGGUUAGGCUUAUUGUUCAAGGAAGGGUUAGCUAAGUAGUUGGAAAGUAGCUAAAAAGCUGAAAUUGUCAGUGAUGAGAUUCACCCAUCCUUUGGGUUGCUAGACAUUCGCGUUAUACGCCCACUCAUCCACUCCGCUCAAUCACUCAUCAUCGUUUUUUGCCUUUAGUAACCUUCUGUCUUAUGUAACCAUACCAAACAUAACAUACUAAUUUGAGUGUCCCGGAUUUACAUUGACUAUGUUACGUCUAGUCUAUGAGACCAGGCUGUUAUAAGUAUUUAUAUUUUUGGGUUUAUUUAAUUUUGUCAGUAUGGACUUCUUCCUGUUUUCAGUUCAGAUAGUUUUUACUGAGAAGAUGCUGAAUGUUUUGGGAGAGGCACAGGUACACAGGCCUCUAUAUGGUUAUCUGUAUGUUAGUGUUGUAAAGCUGCAAUAUAUUCACAUAUCUUGUUUCUGUCAUUACACAUAUCACACAGAAUAUCACCAUGAGUUAUGAAGGGAAUGUGACAAAUCAAUAUUAUUCUUAUUAACACACACGCACAGGCAAGCACACCUCCGUGGAGGCUGCUGAAGGGAGGAGGGCUCAUAAUAAUGGCUGGAACGGAGCAAAUGGAAUGGCACCAAACACACGGAAACAUUAAGGUGCCAGCAACCUCUUGUGGCACAUGCAAGCAGACACACACACACAAAUUCAGGCAUCAAAAUAAUGCAAUAUCGCAUGCCUUUUUUACGACUCCAGCUGCCCCUAGCGGUGGGCUAAUCUCACUCCUUCCUCUAUUGUCCUCCAGUUGUGUGGCACAUUUUUUAUUGUAGCAUCUGCACAACGUCCCGUUCACACUCACUUAUAUGAGUCUCUGGAGCAGGAGAGAGAGCUCUUCAUACCAAGCAUAACCUAUUCAGGCUGUUUGGAAGUGUUUGUCAGACACGUUCAGCACAUAGCAUCUCCUCUGAACCCCUUUGUUUUAACCGUCUCUAUACUGUAUGUGUACUGCAGUUUUACUGUCAACCUCACGAAGCAGAUCCUCAAGUCUACCUAUACCGGAAGGUUUUUGAUCCAACCAUUCGUGCUCAACUGAUCACUUCAUUCAUUGGCUAAUCAUGUGUGGAACUUGUGACGUAGUCUCCUGGAUUUCUCUUGCAUUUCGAAAGGACUCACAGCUAUAGCAACUGUGACAUGAUACCAUAUACCUGCAUGGUUAGUCUAUGAACCGAUCAGUUGGGCAUAUUGUGGAACAAAGAUCUGCAUGAACAGGGUCCCUGCGGACCAAGUCUGGGGACUAACUGGUCUACUGCUUCCAUGUCUAACAGGCAACUUUAUAGGAUUCCGUAUUAUUUUAAAAAUCACAGCAUGAUUGAAAAAAAAGAAGAAAAUAAUUCUAUGCAAGUGUUGCAUGAAACCUGAUUGUUUCUUUUUGCAGUUCUUCUACACUUUUAAUGCAUCGAUUCUGAUUCUCCUUGUUAUUUCUAUGUAAUAUUCUUGUCGACGAUUCUGUUUGUAAAAAGGCAGUCACUCCUCUGAGUUAAAAAUUAACCACAAGUAUUAACCAUUUAAAAAGCAGAAUGCAUCUUAAAUAUGGAGUAACCUGACUAUAACGUCAGAUUAAAAUUACAACGUUAAUGAAUAAGGAGUAGUGUGGGUACAGGUGCCGACACUUGUAUUCACUAGAAACGGAAAAGGGAAAACUGUUCAGUAUUUUCUUCCCCCAGAAUUCUCUCUCAACAAUACAAAAAGAAAAAUUAAUAUUUUUUUUUAAUUGCACAAAAUGUUUUACUUUAGUAUAUGUUCUAUUGAGCACAAUUUGGAUUGGCUCUGAAGUUAUCUAUUCCCACCUGUUCCUCGACAACCUAUCAGAGAGAGGGAUUGAGCGACUUGCUAAAUGCAGCCUUGCAUGCUUUAGCUCACUUAGAGAUUUUCACUGUACUUUGGAGGAAUAUGACUUUCAAAGCGGACCAAUGUAGUAAUUGAUAAUGAAAAGGUUUUUCGAUUUAUGAAGCACAAUUUAUACAAGGGUUAUAGUUUAGUUUCCUGUCUUAUAUUCUGUAUGCAAUACAAAGCCUAACAUUGAAAGACUUAAAACGCCUUAACCCAUCUGGACUUCCUCUUUAUGUGUAAGUAGAAAAAAAAAAAAAAAAAUUGCACUAAUUUUUUUGAUGGUUGCUUUGUAAUGCAAUAACUGCACUAAAUUAUAACCAUGUAUUAUCUAUUCACCGGACUCAAUCACAGUGUGCUAGCGUGACCCGACGCUCCUUUCCUCAAUUUCUGAGACAAAACAAAAAUGUUUAAAAAUAUAUAUAUAUUUCCUGCCUGUCGCUGUAUAGAAUGCUUUCUAUUUAAGAAUAUAUUAGUAAAAAUGCUAAGUAAAAUGAGACUAAGUGAAAUAAACAUUACAUUUUAUGUACUUUUAAUGCU